AUGCGACACGACCUAGCCUACUGGCAAGUGCACGAUACCGAGGAUGACUGUGAUUUGAUCAUCCGCUCUAACUCUGGCCAUGUCUUCUACUGCCAUAUUUGUCCUAGUCAAUUUAUUCGAUCUCCCGCCAUCACAGAACAGUACUUCAAAUGUCUCGAGCUCUUGAGAUCGGGAGAAGUUGAGAUCGACGAUUUCUACGAGGAGGAUGCCCAUGAGUGGCUGCUCAAGUGCUUUGAGCCUUUAGUUACGCGACUUGCGCCACCUUCCGAACACCAGGUCGUUACGCAGCCGACCUUGGCUCAGUACUAUUUCCCCGAACAAACAUUUGUCUGCCACCUUGAAGCUAUGGAUGAUGAGUUACAGCCCAAAGAACUCGACACCAAGAACCAUGGAUGGAGUAGCCCCAUUGUCAGAUUCGACUCCGAUUUCUUGGCGCAGCUGGAUGAUUGGACUCAAUCCUACACUCCAUCUCAAGUUCAAGUAUGCUAUGAUCGACCUGAGGACAGUCUCAUCAAACCGCCAACAUGCAUCGCCGUCACUGACCAAGAUGGUCAACCCCUCAAAUGUUUCUUCAAGAAGUUCGGACUCUCCUUUGGCCCAUCACAUGCAAAGAAGGAGCUCCUCGUAUUGAAGAAGAUCACCGAAUCUCAGAUACCUCAUCCACCUCAAGCCUAUAUUUGCCGACUCGUGGGCGUGGUUCGGGAAGGUAAUGGGCUGCUAGGAAUGUUACUCUCCUGGGUUGACAAGAAGAGUGUCCUGUCCAAGGCCAAAGCUUCUGCGAGCUCCCCAGAGUUAAGGAAACGUUGGGCAAUUCAGAUUCGCAAUUCACUUGACAUUCUUCACGACAAGGGCAUCAUAUGGGGAGACGUCAAAGCGGAGAAUGUUCUCAUAGAUAAGAAUGAUAAUGCAUGGAUCAUUGACUUUGGUGGAAGCUACACUAUGGGUUGGGUUGAUGAGGACAAGGCUGGGACACUGGAGGGCGAUGAGCAGGGUGUUGCGAGAAUCUUGAGACUUCUGGAGUAG